AUGAACAGAGAAGUGGAAGGAGCUAGAGUCCCAUGGUACCAACUCAUAAAGGGACUCAAUGGUUAUGAGAACAGAGGGUCCCUGCUGGAAUCCUUCACCCUGGACUUCUCCCCGAGGGAUCUUGUUCUCCAGCAGUCAUUGUCAGUGCAGGGCAGGAUUGAGGAGUCUGACCAUCCUGGACUGAUUUGGUUUGAUUGGUUGCAUGAAGGACUGGAGACAGUGGCACUGCACUGGUGCCAUCCAAGGGCCUCCAUCCCCAGCAGAGGCCUUAGACUGGGGGACAGAGGGAGAGAAGUGACCGAUGGGACCUGCAGCUCCAGGGCUGCCCUGUCCCUUUGUCUUGCAACCUGUUUAUACCUCCAAGCCUGGCCAACUCUUGUGUUUGAAGGAGAUGCCCUGACUCUGCAAUGUCAGGGGUGGAAGAAUACACCACUGUCUCAGGUGAAGUUCUACAGAGAUGGAAAAUUCCCUCAUUUCUCUAAGGAGAGCCAGACUCUGUCCAUGGGAGCAGCAACAGUGCAGAGCCGUGGCCAGUACAGUUGCACUGGGCAGGUGAUGUAUAUUCCACAGAUAUUCACACUAACUUCAGAGACUGCCAUGGUUCAAGUCCAAGAGCUGUUCCCACCUCCUGUGCUGAGUGCCACCCCCUCUCCUGAGCCCCGAGAGGGUAGCCUGGUGACCCUGAGAUGUCAGGCAAAGCUGCACCCCCUCAGGUCAGCCUCAAGGCUCCUCUUCUCUUUCCACAAGGAUGGCCACACCUUGCAGGACAGGGGCCCUCACCCAGAACUCUGCAUCCCAGGAGUCGAAGAGGGAUACUCUGGAUUUUACUGGUGUGAGAUGGCCCCCGAGGGUGGCCAGGUCCAGAAGCAGAGCCCCCAGCUGGAGGUCAGAGUGCAGGCUCCUGUGUCCUGUCCUGUGCUCACCCUGCACCACGGGUCUGCUGACCCUGCUGUGGGGGACAUGGUGCAGCUCCUCUGUGAGGCCCAGAGGUGCUCCCCUCCAGUCCUGUACUUGUUCUACCUCAAUGGAGAUAUCUUGGAUCUCCCUGGGAAUCACUUGGCUCCCCAUGGUGGAGCUCUUUCCCCCUUGUUUCCAGUGAAGUCAGAGCAGGAUGCUGGGAUCCCAUCCUGCAAGGUUGAGAACAGCAUCUCCAGAGAGAGGAGUGAGCCCAAAAGCUCUCCCUUGUUGAUGCAUCUUGUCUUCUAA